GCUAGGAAGGACGCUCCGCCCGAGCGUCGUCCCCAUCGCCGUCGACGCGUCGGGGGCAGUGAUUUGACGUGACAGACAGGGAGGAGUCAGUUCCCGGAGGGAGGACUAGACGUGUUUCCUUCGCGACUAAGGCUGCUGUGCUCAAUCCCACUCGUUAUAAUCUCAGCCAUUUCCCCCCGCCCGGCUGAGCUCAAUCCCAGCCCGCGGAUCCAACCGGAUCGCCGCCGAUGACCAUGGGGGCGGAGCGCGAGGCCGGCGAGGAGGAGGAGUCGCGGCGCCCACUUCUCCCAUCCUCUCCGUCGCCAGCGGCGGAGCACCAGCAGCAGUACCAGCACCUGGGGCGGAGCAGCUCGUCGGCGCUGCGCGGGGGCGGAGGAGGGUGGGGCGGCGGGGGCGCGGAGGUCAGCGCGGCUGAGGUCAGGUCCGCCGCCUCCUUCUCCUCCUCCUCCUCCAACUACUAUCCCUCGGCGCCCAGUCCCCACCACGACGCCGUCGUCUACCCCCCGUCCAUCCACAGCGCCGUCCUCUCCCCGUCCCCGUCGUCUGCUGCCACUCCUCAGCAUGCGCAUGCACAAGGUUUGGCGAUUGUUCCUCAAGGGCCGUACGGUGGUGAUUACCAGCCUUCUCAGUCUCAGGGCGUUAGGAGGGAUGUACUGGAUGAGGUGGAGAUCCGGCAUCUGCUAAUUGAACAUGUUGGACAUCGAUGUUGUUGGGGAAGCCGGCCUGCUCGCACAUGGAAAAUUACAUCCAUCGAGGACUGCAAUGUAUAUGUUGGAACCUUGGAAACCUUUAUCGAGGAAAGAGACACAAUAUUAAAGAAGGAACCAUACGAUGGUGGGAAAAUAGAUGGAAGAGACAAGGGUCCUGUUCUUGGUGUGUGGGAACUAGAUUUGAGGUCCGAGUUUCCAAUGCUCUUUGUACCGGAGAAAGAAGUAAUGGUCAAGAUUCCUCAUUCAGAAAUUACUGAAAAAUGCUUAGAUUGUGAGGGUCGUGGAGAGGCGCCAUGUCCUACUUGCAAUGCUGGUCAGCAGCACGGGUUUUACAAGGCAAAUCAAAUGACUCGGUGCAGUGUAUGUCAUGGCAGGGGUUUGCUCGCUCACCAAGAUGGAUCUGAUUCAGUAUGUGGGAUGUGCAAUGGUCAAGGAAUGUUGCCCUGCAUAGCAUGUGCAUCCCGGGGCCUAGUGACAUGCCAGACAUGUAAUGGCUGCGGUUCCCUUCUUGCACAAAGCACUGCUCAUGUUCGAUGGAAGACGCUUACAGCGAGAAAAGUUAGUGCAACAACAGGAGCUGCUUCGGUCCCUGACGAAGUUUUCCACAGAGCGCAAGGGGUGCAACUAUGCAACAUACAGGCAUACCAAUGCACUCCAGCUUUCUUUGCCGAUUCAUACCCACUCAACCAGUUCUCGUCGGAGAUUGUCGCUAGCCGGCUGCCAGUUCCACCAUCCGCAAGAGUAAUUUCGGAGAGACACAUCAUCUCGGUCGUGCCUGUGACCCGUGUCACAAUGUCUCACCGUAAGCGGUCUUUUAGCUUCUAUGUCGUCGGCUAUGGCAGGGAUGUUUUCAUACGGGACUAUCCUUCGAAGUUCUGCUGGGGCCUUUGCCGUUGCUUCGAAUGGUUGGGGAACUAGUUCAUGUGUGUGCCACCUUUUGGUGUCCAAUGUCCAUACUAUCAAAACUUGUAACUGCGGAGAGGCAGUGUGAUUCCUGGUGUGUAACAGUAAAGAUGUGCAACGUUAUCUGUAGACUGUAGUGUUACAGUACAGAAGCUUCUGUGUGUACAUUUUGGGCUUGUGGAUCAUGUACAGCGGUACUGUACCGAUUGUUUGAUGUGUAGAAAAUAAUUAAAUAAUUCACAUUUUGUUAUGAGUAAUAAUAAUGAGAUAUCCGAUA